AGGGAAACUAACCCUGUCAGUCUGGGUGUGAUAAAAUGGCUGACAGUCAAGAACUGUUUGACUGCUCGAUCUGUUUUGAACUAUUGGAGGAUCCAGUGACGACCACUUGUGGACACAGUUACUGUAUGAAAUGCAUCAAUGCCUUCUGGGAUAUAAAUAACAAUGGACGAUACAGCUGCCCUCAGUGUAGGCAAAGUGUUACAGAGAGGCCUCUGCUGAAGAGGAACACACUCCUGGCUGCCCUGUUGGAGGAAAAAAAGAAAAACAACAGUCAAAGAGCUGCUGCUGAAGCUGGAGACACCUAUGCUGAACCUGGGGAUGUUGCAUGUGAUGCCUGCACAGGGAGACAAAGAAAAGCCUCCAUGUUUUGUCUUGUGUGUUUGGCUUCUUACUGUGAGACUCAUCUGAAGCCUCACUUUGAAGUACCACCAUUAAAAAAACACAAACUGAUUCAAGCCUCUGCCAGGAUCCAAGAAAGCAUCUGUGAGCACCACAACAAACUUCUGGAGAUUUACUGCCGCACUGAUCAGCAGUUUAUUUGUCUGCAGUGUGUGGUGGGUGAGCACAAAGGUCAUGACACAGUGACAGUCGCAGCAGAAAAGUGUGAAAUGCAGAAAAAAAUGGAGCGGACAAAGCAGGACAUAGCAGACAGAGUGCUGAUUAAUGAGAGGGAAAUGGUGGAGCUGAGGCAAGCUGCAGACUCGAUAAGAGGUGCUGCAUGGGAGGCAUGUGAUGAGUUUGAGCGAUUAUGUGCGGGAAAUAUUCGCUCAUACGUGCGCUACGUGGAGAGGAAGAGCUCUGAGAUGAGAGAGAAAGCUGGGCAAGCAGAGAAAGCUGGAGUAGACUGGACCAACGGUCAUCUUGGGGAACUUCAGCGUGAAGUGUUGAAGCUGAGGAGGAAAGAGGAGAAACUUAUCCAGCUGUCACAAACAGAAAACCCCAUUCUGUUUUUUCAGAGUUUCAAGGCUCUGGGUGACCUCCCUGCAUUCACAGACUCAAAUAAAAAACUUGACACAUUGACAGAGUUUGUCAAGGAACAGAGAGAUAACAUGAAACAUAUUCACGACAAAGUAAAGAAUGAUUUAUUCAGACAUUCUGAUAAUAAUGAGUUGUCAAUUAGACCCUGGCAGCAUGAGGAAAUAACAUCAAGGACAUACCUUUUGCAUCAAAUCGUCAAGUUGGAGCUGGAUCCAAACACAGUAGCUGCAUGUCUUUGCUUGUCUGACACAAACAACGAGAUAUCCUGGGGAUGCCAUGACCAGGCUCACCCUGAUCACCCUGACAGAUUCACCUACCAUUACCAGGCUCUGUGCAAGAACGCCCUCAGUGGGAGCCACUACUGGGAGGUGGAGUGGGAUGGUGGCUUUGUGGAAUUGGCCGUGUCGUACAAAGUCAUCGAAAGAAAGGGCUCGGGGAAAUAUUCCUGUUUUGGCCAUAACAAAUUUUCCUGGAAAUUAACCUGCUCUUCAUCUGGGUGUGUGUUUUGGCACGAUAGUCUUCACAAAGGCCAAAUUCCUCCGGCUCUCUGCCGAAAAGUGGGUGUUCAUCUUGACUACGAAGCUGGGACACUGGCCUUCUACAGUGUUUCUGAUAGGUUCACACUGCUGCACAAGAUCCAGACCACCUUCAUUGAACCUCUCUAUCCCGGGUUCUCUGUUGAUUUGGGCUCAACACUCAAAAUAUGCCACCUUUAACCAGUCUGUUUAUGAAAUAUGAGUUGCAGAAAAGGCUGUAGUUUGGGAUUCAGGGAUAAAAACAAGUGCACUAUGAAAUAUUCCCAACAGAUUCUAAUUUUGCACAUUUGAUUGUGUUUACAUUUUAUGGUGUGAUUGAGAAGGAACGAGCAACUGACUUGAAACCAAGAUAAGUAAAGUCAAUACAUCAAAAAAUAUGUGCCAUCUUUUACCGAUUAACAUUUAAGAUCUAUCAAAAUCCUUUAUUUUGCUCUGUUUUGGCAUUUUCUUAAAUGAUGCUUAAAAAUUGUUUUAUUCAAAGA